AACUAGAGGAGAAGAGAAGACACCCGCCUCUGAAGAACCAGCGGACCUUGUCCCUUGGGUGGGUAGCCUUGGGGCUUGUUUCCACGCAAGAGUUUACUCCUAACCCGUCAAGAAGCUACUUGUCCAGUUCUCAAUACCAUUCAGAUCUGAGCGAUCUUCUUCCUCCCCAAUGGAGAACGCUUAUGCCAGAUCACUACCCGAGGUUCUUGAGUUUUUCGGAGUGGAAUUAUCUAAAGGUCUUACAGAUUCACAGGCUGCACGACAUGCUAGAUUGUAUGGAAGAAAUGUGCUGCCUCAAAAGAAAAGUACCUCUUUCUGGAAGCUUGUUCUGAAGCAAUUCGAUGAUUUGCUGGUUAAAAUAUUAAUUGUAGCUGCCUUCGUUUCGUUCUUUUUGGCAUUGGCUAAUGGAGAGACAGGGUUAUCGGCUUUCUUGGAGCCUACUGUUAUCUUGAUGAUAUUAGCUGCAAAUGCUGCUGUAGGGGUAAUCACAGAAACAAAUGCCGAAAAGGCUCUUGAGGAACUACGUGCCUACCAAGCUGAUGUUGCUACUGUUCUUCGUAACGGCUGUUUUUCAAUAGUACCAGCUACAGACCUUGUCCCUGGGGAUAUUGUUGAAGUCAGUGUGGGCUGCAAAGUUCCAGCAGAUUUGAGAAUGAUAGAGAUUUUGAGCAAUCAACUGCGUGUUAACCAGGCAAUUCUUACAGGUGAAAGCUGCUCCGUAGAGAAAGAGCUUGAUGCAACAACUACUACCAAUGCAGUGUACCAAGAUAAGACGAACAUCCUUUUCUCAGGCACUGUAGUGGUUGCAGGCAGAGCAAGGGCUGUUGUUAUUGGAGUUGGUUCAAAUACUGCUAUGGGAAGUAUACGUGAUUCAAUGCUAAAUACUGAAGAAGAAGUGACACCAUUGAAGAAGAAGUUGGAUGAGUUUGGAACUUUCCUUGCUAAGGUCAUUGCGGGUAUUUGUGUAUUGGUUUGGGCUGUAAACAUCGGUCAUUUUAGUGAUCCUGCUCAUGGCGGCUUCCUCCGAGGGGCAAUACACUAUUUCAAAAUUGCUGUUGCACUGGCUGUUGCUGCAAUUCCUGAAGGGCUUCCUGCAGUUGUUACCACCUGUCUUGCUCUUGGAACAAAAAGAAUGGCUCGGUUAAAUGUGAUUGUCAGAUCCCUACCAUCAGUAGAGACCUUAGGCUGCACAACUGUGAUUUGCAGUGAUAAGACUGGCACUCUGACAACUAACAUGAUGUCUGUGUCUAAGAUUUGUGUGCUUCACUCUGUGAGUCGUGGACUGUUGAGUACAGUGUUAGUGGCACAACAUAUGCCCCAGAGGGUUUUGUGUUUGACAGCACGGGUGUCCAGCUUGACAUUCCUGCACAGUCUCCUUGUCUUCUUCAUAUAGCAAUGUGUUCAGCUCUUUGCAAUGAGUCUGUGUUAAGAUACAAUCCUGACAAGAAGGCUUACGAAAAGAUUGGUGAGUCAACUGAAGUAGCCCUGCGUGUAUUAGCUGAAAAGAUUGGUCUUCCGGGUUUUGAUUCCAUGCCAACUGCAUUAAAUAUGCUAAGCAAGCAUGAGCGUGCAUCCUACUGCAAUCGUUAUUGGGAGAGCCAAUUUAAAAAGGUAUCAUCCUUGGAUUUUUCCCGGGACCGCAAAAUGAUGAGUGUACUUUGCAGCAGGAAGCAGAUGGACAUUAUCCCUUCUCCAAAGGUGCUCCAGAAAGCAUACUUUCUAGAUGCACCAAAGUUCUGUGCAAUGAUGAUGGUUCUACCAUUCUUCUUUCUGCCAAUAUCAAAGCACAGCUAGAGACGAUGUUUAAUAGUUUUGCAGGAAAAGAAACUCUAAGAUGCCUAGCUCUAGCCUUGAAACGGAUCCCUAUGGGCCAACAGUCUCUCUCUGUUGAUGAUGAAAAAGACCUUACAUUUGUUGGAUUGGUUGGAAUGCUUGACCCACCAAGGGAGGAAGUAAGAAAUGCCAUCCUUUCAUGUAUAACUGCUGGGAUACGUGUUAUAGUUGUCACCGGAGAUAACAAGAUGACAGCUGAAUCAUUGUGCCGAAAGAUUGGUGCUCUUGAUCAUCACUUUGGCAAUUUUGAUGGACUUUCUUCUUAUACUGCUAGCCAAUUUGAACAACUUCCAGCAUCACAGAAGAUAGUGGCGUUGCAAAGAAUGACCCUUCUAUCCAGGGUUGAACCAUCUCACAAAAGGAUGCUAGUUGAAGCCUUACAGAAUCAAAGUGAAGUGGUUGCAAUGACUGGAGAUGGAGUCAAUGAUGCACCUGCUCUCAAGAAAGCUAACAUUGGGAUUGCCAUGGGAUCAGGAACAGCUGUUGCAAAGAGUGCUUCAGAUAUGAUUUUGGGAGAUGACAAUUUUGCAUCAAUUGUUGCGGCUGUUGCCGAGGGAAGGGCUAUAUAUAACAACACAAAGCAGUUCAUUCGAUAUAUGAUAUCUUCUAAUAUUGUGGAAGUGGUCUGUAUUUUUGUGGCAGCAGUGCUUGGAAUACCUGACACACUUGCACCCGUCCAGUUACUGUGGGUAGAUUUGGUUACUGAUGGCUUGCCUGCCACUGCUAUUGGGUUUAAUAAACAAGACUCGGAUGUUAUGAAGAUAAAACCUCGCAAGGUCAAUGAAGCAGUUGUUAGUGGGUGGUUAUUCUUCCGGUAUCUAGUUAUUGGAGCAUAUGUUGGGCUAGCCACUAUUGCAGGAUUUAAUUGGUGGUUUAUUUAUUAUGAUAAUGGGCCCAAACUUCCGUACGGUGAAUUGAUGAAUUUUGACAGCUGUUCAAGAAGGGAAACUAGCUAUUCUUGUAGCAUAUUUAGUGACCGGCACCCAUCUACCAUUUCAAUGACAGUGCUUGUUGUUGUUGAGAUGUUCAAUGCACUGAAUAAUCUCAGUGAGAAUCAAUCCUUGCUUGUCAUUCCACCAUGGAGUAAUAUGUGGCUUGUUGCAUCAAUUGCUCUGACAAUGCUGCUGCAUGUACUCAUUCUGAAUUCAGGCAUGAUGAGAUUCAUGCUCAGGUUCAGGCGACGGCCAGAUUUACUCCCUAAAAGACGAGAAAUUCGUGACAAGUGAGACAAGGGACAGCUUACUUGAUUUUGUGAGGCCAUACAUACUUUUGUAAAGUUAUUUGAAUUAACAAGUUUGGAGUCAGUCUCCCAAGAGUGAUACCAACUUUCACCUCUUUUCUCACAAGAAAAGAAAACAGUGAUGUGCAACCAGUGUCUUCUCUGUCAUC